AUGCUGUCUCACGCCGACCUCCUGGACGCUCGACUCGGAAUGAAGGAUGCAGCAGAGCUGCUGGGGCACCGAGAGGCGGUGAAGUGCCGCCUUGGAGUGGGCGCCUCAGACUCUGUGCACCCGGGAGAUCUGUCUGGCAACGCUGACCAGGUAGAGGGCACCACCUUGCUUCCCGGGGAGGACAUCACCAGCGUGGGAUCCAACCAGUCCUCACUGGCCGUCAGCUCCAAAGACCCCGACAAACAGCAACAACAGAACCCCAACCAGUCGGGUCAGCAACAGGGUCAGAGCCAGGGACAGCAGAAGCAGAAGAGGCACCGGACCCGCUUCACCCCGGCACAGCUCAACGAGCUGGAGAGGAGCUUCGCCAAGACCCAUUACCCCGACAUCUUCAUGAGGGAAGAGCUGGCCCUGAGGAUCGGGCUGACCGAGUCCAGAGUGCAGGUCUGGUUUCAGAACAGACGGGCCAAGUGGAAGAAGCGCAAGAAGACCACCAACGUGUUCCGUUCCCCGGGCACUCUGCUGCCCACCCCAGGAUUGCCCCAGUUCAAUUCAGCUGCGGCGGCAGCGGCAGCGGCAAUGGGCGACAGCCUGUGCUCCUUCCAUGCCAACGAUACCCGCUGGGCCACGGCCGGAAUGGGGGUCUCUCAGCUCCAGUUGCCCCCAUCUCUUGGAAGGCAGCAAGCAAUGGCGCAAUCUCUGUCUCAGUGCAGCCUGGCGGGAGGACCCCCACCCGGUUCAAUGGGGUUGUCCAAUAUGGGCUCCAAUGGCACAGGGCUGCAGUCACACCUCUACCAGUCCGCCUUCCCUGGCAUGGUGCCCACCUCAUUGCAGGGUCCCAACAACGUGUCAGGUUCCCCGCAGCUGUGCAGCUCCCCGGACAGCAGUGAUGUGUGGAGGGGAACCAGCAUCGCCUCCCUGCGCCGCAAAGCACUUGAGCACACAGUCUCCAUGAGCUUUACCUAA